AUUUGUAUUUUUCUUUAAUUUGUUGUCUAUUCAAAUGGUGACAAUCAUUAUAGUCACCUUUACAUUGUUUAAGGAUUUAGAGGUGUGUACAGUGUGUGUUCACUGUCAAUUGGGUGUACUGACACAUCACUUCACUGAGAUCUGAUCUUCUUUCUGAUGAUUAUAAAUUGUUGAUAGAACUACCAGUAUUCUCUAAUCGAAGUUCAAUUAACAAUUGCGUUUUCAUGGAAUUCAGGAAUGGCUACCAGAGAAAUCAAGUCACCUGAAGUUCUUCCCGAGGCCACCUCGGCUAGUCUGGGGGAGAAUUCUGAUUCAUUUCGGAGAAAGAAGCUCGGAAUGUACUUCAUUGAAUCCGAUGACAGACGGACAGCUUUUGGUGGUGGUUAUACUGGUGGUGGAACUACUCCGGUUAACAUUCACGGGAAGCCCAUUGCCGAUUUAUCCAAGACGGGUGGUUGGAUUGCCGCCUUCUUCAUUUUUGGGAAUGAAAUGGCAGAGAGAAUGGCUUACUUUGGCCUCUCGGUUAAUAUGGUUGCAUUUAUGUUCUAUGUUAUGCAUCGACCCUUUUCAAGUUCAGCAAAUGCAGUCAACAAUUUCUUGGGAAUAUCACAAGCAUCUUCGGUGCUUGGUGGUUUUCUAGCCGAUGCAUAUCUUGGUCGAUAUUGGACAAUUGCAAUUUUCACAACAAUUUAUCUUGCGGGUUUGACAGGAAUAACCUUAUGCGCAACGAUGAACAUUUUUGUGCCAAACCAAGAGUGUAGUCAGAUAAGCCUACUUUGGGGCAAUUGUGAACCUGCAAAACCAUGGCAGAUGCUUUACCUUUACACAGUUCUUUAUGUGACUGGAUUUGGAGCGGCGGGUAUAAGGCCAUGUGUUUCUUCCUUUGGUGCUGAUCAAUUUGAUGAAAGAAGUAGAGAUUACAAGACCCAUUUGGAUAGAUUUUUCAACUUCUUUUAUCUUUCUGUCACCAUUGGGGCGAUUGUGGCCUUCACUGCAGUAGUCUAUAUUCAAAUGGAACAUGGAUGGGGAUCUGCCUUUGGUUCAUUGGCCAUAGCUAUGGGAAUGUCGAACAUGGUCUUCUUUCUUGGUACUCCUUUAUACAGGCACAGAUUACCUGGAGGAAGCCCUCUGACACGUGUUGCGCAAGUCCUAGUCGCUGCCUUUCGCAAGAGAAAUGCCUCUUUUGAUUGCAGUGAGUUUAUAGGCCUAUAUGAAGUUCCUGGCAAACGGUCUGCUAUAAAGGGUAGUGGCAAGAUAGCUCACACAAAUGACUUCAGAUUUUUGGACAAGGCAGCUCUGCAACUGAAGGAAGAUGGUGCUGAUCCAAGUCCUUGGCGGCUUUGCACUGUGACGCAAGUAGAAGAAGUUAAGAUUCUUUGGAAACUGAUCCCUAUUCCAACUUGCACCAUAAUGCUGAGUCUAGUUUUAACAGAAUAUUUGACUCUAUCAGUACAACAAGCAUAUACACUGAACACCUACAUGGGUAAUCUGAAACUUCCUGUUACAUGUAUGCCUGUCUUUCCCGGUCUCAGCAUCUUUCUUCUACUUUCCCUCUAUUACUCCAUAUUUGUCCCCUUGUCCCGGCGCAUCACAGGUCAUCCUCAUGGAGCCUCUCAACUUCAAAGGGUAGGAAUAGGUUUGGCGAUUUCAAUCCUAUCUGUGGCAUGGGCUGGGGUGUUCGAGAGGUACAGAAGAAAUUAUGCGAUAGAACAUGGAUAUGAGGCUAGUUUUCUGACUUCAAUGCCGGACCUUAGUGCAUACUGGCUGUUAAUCCAGUAUGUCCUAAUUGGGCUUGCUGAAGUAUUCUGCAUUGUGGGAUUACUAGAAUUCCUCUACGAGGAGGCUCCUGAUGCCAUGAGAAGUAUAGGCUCAGCUUAUUCUGCCGUUGCUGGUGGUUUAGGUUGCUUUGGAGCCACUUUGUUGAACAGCAUUAUCAAAUCUGUAACCGGGAACGAAAAGGAAAGGCAACCAUGGCUUUCCCAAAACAUCAACACCGGAAGGUUUGAUUACUUCUAUUGGCUUCUUACAGUUUUGAGUGUAAUCAACUUCUGUGCUUUUCUGUAUUCAGCGCGUAGGUAUCGAUACAGAGCAAAACAGGAAAUUGAGAUGGAGAACAAGUAAAUUGUUCUCUCCCAUUUAGUCAGUAGCCUUCUGUGAGAUGACAAUUUGUGAAACAUAAACUGCAGGUUUUUUUUUUUUUUUUUUUAGUUGGGGAUUGCAUCUAUAAUCAUUGGCAAAAAUAUUGUAUUGUGUCUUGAUUGUUGUUGUUGAAUAGAUGAUAGAGUGAGGACAUUGUAGAACAAUCAGUGAGCAUCAAUUCUAUGUAAAAUCAGAAUUUACCCACCAUAAUAAAUUCUUAUUGUUGUUAGCAGUUAGAAAUUUUAAA